AUGGCUCGCUUUACAAACUGUCUUCUGAAAAACAUCUUUAGCAGAAGUCAGUUUGACAGCACCAAGAGGAGGCAGUGCCUUCAGUAUCUCAACGCUCUGAGAUCGCUGCAACACAACGGAUACAAGACCGUGUAUUUUGGGGAAACUGAGAUCCCAGAAACUCUUGUCACUGGGGAAGAUUUUAGUGAUAGCUAUUACAUCCACACACCAUCCUGGUGUAUUCUACAUGCUGGAGGCAGUCAAGGGUGGGUGCCUUGGAAAUAUCGCAUGUUCCUGAGGGAUGACCUGUGCAUCAAGCAGGAAGACAGCCUGUUCUUUGAGUUCUGUGACGUCGUGAAGAAGGCAUAUGGCAAGUGUGCCAUCGUGGUUAAAGGGAAGCGGCAGCAAGAUGAGAUGAAGCCAAAGACAGACAAGGAGGGGGAGGACCAGGCCUAUGUCCCAACAAGUGUUAAUUUAACAAGUGUUGUGUGCUCCCCAGGAGUGGCCAAGUCCUACGGCCAUGAGCUAAUCUCUCUGCCUCCUCCCUAUAAUUAUCUGAACCCCUUAGACUCAGCCUGGUCUUCUGUGAAAUGGUUUAUCAUAAACAACCGGAAAGAGUUUUGUCUGCAGUCUGUUGACAACGUCUACACUUACCGAUACAUACUCUUCAGUGACUUAAUAAGCAAAGGGAUUGAAAAGGUUAACUUGACCAAGUGGAAGGCCAUAACCAACAAGGUGCGCAGGUGGGAGAACUAUUAUAUUGGGAAGUUUUCUUAA